AGGAGACCAGCUCGUCCCUGACACACCACUUGGGGUGGCUCCCAGCCUGGACACCUGGGUUCCAGCCCUUCUGCAGGCUCUCAGCGCACUGACUGCUGGAAAGGAGAAGCCAAGACGAUGAGCGCGACCAUUUGCACCCCGGCGGUUCUCACCAUCUACAUCUUCACCUUCCUGAUCGGCCUCCCGUCCAACCUCCUGGCCUUCUACACCUUCCUGGUGAAGGUCCGCCAGAAACCCACCCCCGUCGACAUCCUUCUCCUCAACCUCACCAUAUCCGACCUCUCCCUCCUCAUCUUCCUGCCCUUCAGGAUGGUGGAGGCCAUCUCAGAUAGGGCGUGGACCUUGCCCGCUUUCCUCUGCCCACUCACCAGCUUCUUCUUCUACAGUAGCGUCUACAUCAGCUGCCUCUUCCUCAUGGCCGUCAGCAUUGAGCGCUACUUGGGCGUGGCCUUUCCCAUCAAGUACAAGCUCUGGCGCCGGCCAGCCUAUGCCACGGCUGCCUCCGUGGUCUUCUGGGUGGUGGGCUGUGCCCACUGCAGCAUUGUCUACAUUGUCCAAUACCAAGACCAGAGCCAGAACAGGACUGCACCCUUCAACAAUGCAUCCCACUGCUACAAAGAUUUCUCCCCUACACAGCUCCAGAGCCUGCUCCCUGUCCGGCUGGAGCUCUUCCUGGUCCUCUUCUGCCUUCCCUUCACCGUCACCAUCUUCUGCUACGUCAGCUUCGUCCGCAUCCUGGUGGCCCUGCCCAACAUCCCGGCCCGGAGGAAGCAGCGGGCCGUGGGCCUUGUCGUGGCCACCUUGUGCAACUUCAUAGUCUGCUUCGCUCCCUACAACUUGUCCCAUGUGGUGGGCUUUGUCCAGAACAAGAGCCCCUCCUGGAGAGUGUACGUUCUUCUCCUCAGCACCCUCAACGCAGCCUUGGACCCCGCCAUCUUCUACUUCUCCUCCACUGCUGUCCAACGGGCCUUCACCAAGUGCCUGGCCGGCCUGUGGCACAAACUCAGCGCCUUCAUGGCCCGGUGCCAUCUCCCCUGCUUGACUUGCUGCGGGGAAGGGGGCAGAGAGGUGGAGGCGGCCAGUGGGGACGAGGCUGAGGUGUCAACGACUUGAGUCCCAGGGUGACACCAACUCUCUGUUUCCUCCUCAGAGCCUUCAUUGUCCUGUGCAUUGCAGGAGAAAGAGAUCCUGCACUUCAGCCAGGGAUGGCAUCUUCUGUCCUUCCCUGCACCUCCUGAGAGUAGACAGUAGCAUGUGGCAGGGCUUGGAGUUGGUGCCCAACUUCCACAAGGCUUUGACCUACUUGAGCUUCUAUGUGAUUGGCCAAACUUGGCUCCAGAGGGCUUUGGUUGACCUGAAGUUGGGGUUGCCAUGGUGUCAAGGGCCUUCCUAUGCCGCUGCGAGGCCACAACUAAGCAGUUGACCAAGCUCCCACUGGACUUUGGCUUACUUCAGCUUUGGAGCGAGUGUCCCAACUUCCUCAAGGAUCCGGCCUCUCUCAGUGUCAGGGUCAUCAUGGCGUCAAAGGCCUUCCUUUGUCGCUGCUGGCUCACAAGUGAAACAUAGACCGAUUUCAGCUGGAGGGUCCCCCGGCGCCCUCCACUCACUCCUGGUCUUUCCUUCUCCACGGUUGGGCUAACGGGCAAACAAGUUAUUA